AUGUUGACAACAUUGCUGUUGAAAGAAGAAUGUGGGUACGAUGAAGCUUUUAAUUACCGUAUAGAGACAGAUUAUGAUCCCGCAUUAACCAAACAUUUUCCGGAUGGAAUUGAUGUGUAUUUUGACAACGUUGGUGGUAAAAUGCUUGAGGCCGUUCUUAAUAAUUAUGCCAACUACGGAGCUCGUAUUGCGCUUUGUGGGAUGAUAUCCGAGUACAACAAGGUUUGGACAGAAAGGGGAGGAGUUAGAAAUUUAUUGAACAUGGUGGGUAAAGAAAUAAUGAUGAAAGGGUUUAUGGUAGGUUCCUAUUAUAAUCACUUUGAGGAAUUCAUAAAGGAGAUGGAAGUUCACUUGAGAGAGGGCAAAAUAAAGUCCAAGCACAAAAUCUACAAUAGUGUUGAUAGCUUCUUGGAGAGUUUAGCAUCUUUAUUUUCUAGCUCCAAUGUUGGAAAAGUAAUUCUUCAAGUUACUCCUUAA